GUUUCGCUACUCGUGUUCAAAACGCACCCUCUCUUUGGGUUGUUCGAUGCGUUGAGCCCAUCAGCGUAAGGCAUCAACAUGUUCCCACAGCUUCUACUUCUGUGCCUGUACCUUAAAUUCAGCUCGGCAGCUUACUAUUCCGUUCAAUCACCAUAUACCAAUGCACCAGGCAUAAACUAUGCUGGUGGACAAAGUCACUAUCAGACGGGAUACUUAGCGGGUCCAGCAAGAUAUUCAGGCUCUGUACAGCCCGUCGUCAACGUUGCUGGCCAAGGUCACUAUCAAACGGGAUAUCUACCAGGACAAGUACGAUAUUCAGGCGCUGUACAACCCGUCGUCAACGUAGUUGGAAACGCUGCUGGACAAGGUCACUAUCAGACAGGAUAUAUACCAGGACAAGUACGAUAUUCCGGCGCUGUACAACCCGUCGUCAAUGUAGUUGGAAACGUUGCUGGACAAGGUCACUAUCAGACAGGAUACUAUGCGGGUCCAGCGCGAUAUCCAGGCCCUGUACAGCCUGUGCACCUAGUUGGGAAUCCCUCAUAUCCCUCAUACUAUUCAUACAACAUACAGGCACCAGUAUCUUUUGCCACCCAUCCAUUUCAAACAUACGGUCAUGCUGCCGUCACUCCGGUAGUGUACGGUACAGUCCAACGACCAAACGUUGUAGCAUAUGCUCCACAACCUGUUCAACCUGUAGUUACGCAAUAUCACACACCAGCUAUUCAACCGGUUCAUGUUCCAGCAGCACCUGCUGUACCUGUUCACGUUCCAGUAGCAGUCACUCCGGUUACCCCAAUAGCAUCAGUUACACCAGUUACCACAACUGUUACGAAAACAAUUACCAGAGAAGAGGAAACUGUGUCAUCCAGUACGGAACCUCCAGUUCCCGUUAUCAAAUCUCGCAGAUAUAAAGUAAGAAGACCAGCCAUUCAGAAUCAAUUUUAUGACAUUGAAGAGCGAGUUAUCAUUCGACCUGUUGGCAGUGCUCUAGUGGAGCUGGAACAACCUGCUUCCAGGACCGAAACAAAAGUUACCACGCACACCGUCCAAUCACAAUCGGAUCGAGGAAGUAGUGGUCGUGGACGCACGGUUACUACAGAAACAGCGACCGUAACGCCGAAGCCCCAAAUAAUACACACGGUGUAUCAUCAAACACCUGUUCAGCACACUCCGGCAAUAGCUCCACAUCCUGUCAUCAUUCAUGCUAGCAGUGCAGGGCACGUGGUUCCACAGGCCGUCGUUCCGCACUUUCAAGCCCCGGUUUAUGUGAACCAUGUGCAGCCUGUGUACAUUCCAGCGACUUCCGUCCCAGUUACCACCUUCAAGCCUACUUAUCACGUAACUGUACCUGUUGUCGCAACACCUGCACCAACUACCGUCUCUUCCACUACUACCAGCACUGGUUAUGAUUACGACGACUCUGUAGUUGUUGAAGCUCGCGGUGGCAGUGGCACAUUCCAUGGUAUAACAUCCACUGAGGCACCCUUCGAGCAUUCCACAUUAGAUGCCACAGCAAAAUAUCGUGACGAUGAGCUGCCCAAGCGAGGAGAUAUUGCUAUUACUUAUGCUUCAACCGAAGCAACUCACCAAAGCCUAUCAGAAGAUCAGCAAACUGCAACAGAUCUUACCGUUACAGCAAGAUCCAACCUCAAUUCUCGCUUCAAUGUUGAAAACCAAAAUCAAUCUCAAUCAAUCGUAUCACAGAGUCAAGAAUCAUCUCAAUCUCGCAAUGCAAAAAUCAACGAAAUUACUGCGACAUCUCCAAGAGUCUUAAUUUCAAAUGGACUAUCAGCCGAACAAGCUCGCAGUAACCAAGAACAAUUCAUCCGAUUACUUUCGGAAAGGGACUCUAUUGCUGAGGUAGGCUAUGGGCCCAACACCGACACGUCAAGCAGUUUGAUCAAUACAUACGUCCGAAGUCGUGUCCUAUCGGCAACACCUGCUCCGCAAGGUAGCAAGGAAACGAGCAGAACUGUCAAUAUUCGAAGAAUAAUCGUCUCAAGGCCCAUCGAGACCGAACAAGAGGUAGAAGUUCGAGAACAAACAUUUUCUCCCCAUAGCACCGCACAUCAGGUCACGUCCAGCUCAGAUCAGGUUCCCGUCUACUCGACAAUCAAACCACCAGCUUUUUCGCAUGAUGACGCCAAAUAAAAACGAUGCAUUUAUAUACCGCAAAAUGAAAUAAACGACCAUUGUUACCGAAA